AUGGUCCGCAUAGGAACCCCGCCUCAAGACUUUCGAGUCUUUCCUUCUACCUUCGGACAAGAGACACUCAUACCCGUGCCUGACGGCUGCACAAAAGAUGAUCCAACCAACUGCGGCAACCUACGAGGUGCGAUGCCUUUCCAGGGCGAUGUCAGCAAUGGUUUCUUGAGCAACGCUUCGACGACCUGGGACGACAUUGGAAUCUAUACAACAGAUUUGGAGACAAACAUCGGCAUCAACGCGAACGGUGCAUACGGAUUCGAUACCAUCGGUCUGCAAGUCGAGAACUCGGGAGGUAUCCAACAGACACACCAGGUCGUCGCAGGAAUUGCCGAUAAAGGCUUCAUGUAUGGUGUCUUUGGUUUAGGACCAAGGCCGUCAAACUUCUCAGUCUUGUCGGAUCCACAGCCCUCGUUCUUGACAUCCCUGAGGCAGAACAACACCAUACCUUCCAAGUCCUUUGCCUAUACCGCAGGCGCUUCAUACCGUACGUCGCACUUUCUCUAUCAAUGUAACCCACUGACAUGGUACAAGGANUACAGCAAGGUUCUCGGCAGUCUGACCCUCGGCGGCUACGACGAAUCACGUAUGAACGGAAACGGCACCAUCUUCCCCUUCGCCUCGGACGACUCGAAACCACUCCAAGUGGGCGUCACCCAAAUCACCGCUCGAAACACACUUCUCGGCACCACAACCCUAUAUUCUACAGGCUACUUCUCGCUGGUCGACAGUACAGUCCCACACAUCUGGAUGCCUCGAGCGGCGUGCGACAAUUUUGCGUCCAACUUCGGUUUGACAUACGACAAUCAAACGGAUCUAUACCUAAUCAACGACACCAUGCAUACGAAGCUUCAACAACUAAACCCGACCAUCAUCUUCAAACUAUCUCCACAAACCACAGAUGGAGGCCCAAGUAUCAACAUCGUCCUACCCUACGCGAGUUUCGAUCUACAAGCGAGCUACCCAUACUACAGCAAUAGCACGAAAUAUUUCCCUAUCCGAAGGGCGGCGAACGACACACAAUACAUUCUCGGACGCACAUUUCUGCAAGAAGCAUACCUGAUAGCCGACUAUGAACGCAACAACUUCACCAUCACACAAGCUGCGUUCGCGAACCCCAUGCCUGCGCAGAACCUCAUUUCUAUCCUACCACCCGGCGUCAACGCAACAAAUUCAACAGGAGGUGACAAUGGCGUAGUCACCAGACCAUCACCAAUCCUCUCACGUAACGUGAUCAUCGGCAUCGCUGUAGGCGUUGUCGCAGGUGCUGCCCUCGUUUGCUUCAUCUUCGCCACAGUCUUCUACAUCCGUCGUCGACGCCGUCAACGCCUGGCACAAGCCCUUCUCCAUGACCAUCCAGAUUCUGACGACUCGACACCAUCAACCCAUCUUUCUCCACCCGCAGAAGUAGACGCAACUGUAAAGCUAGAACUGCCUAGUGACUCAGAAGCUGCCCUGAACGAGAUGCCCGCGGGCAACGAAAAGUAUGGAUGGCAACCACAUGAGGUGCAGGGAAGUAAGGUGCAGCCUAGAGUUGAGAUGAGAGGAGGUUGGGAACCUCCAGAAUUGGAUGGCAGAAGUUUGAAAGAUGGAACGAGAGGUGGUGUUUACGAACUCGAGGGUAGUGAGCCUGUGCAAUCACCACCAAGGGAGGACACAAGGCAAGAGGGGCGCACUAGAUUUUCUUGGGAACGGUGA